AUGGCAUCCAAUGAGCUCCAACUUCUCGAAAAUGUGGAGCUAAAGAUCGCCAUGUGCGACACCGAUGCCCAGUUUGAGCGCUGCAUCAACCUGUUCCUGGCACCCGUGCUACUCAAGUUGGCGAGUCCUCAUGAGCAAGUCAAAAGAAAGGUUAUGGAGCUGCUCUCGCAUAUCAACAAACGUGCCAAGCCCAACACAUCUAUCAAGCUCCCUUUUGAUGCACUUGUAAAGCAACUCAUCGAUGAUCAAGUAUCCACCUUUGUCAAGAACUUUACGAUUAUCUAUUUGGAGAUGUGUGUGGAGCGCAUGACACCCGAGGAGACCGUACAGCAUAUCCCAAGCUUCCUCAAAGGAAUUGCUCGCCGACCUGAAUCACAGCGCACAGCUAUCUUUCACAUGGUGCUGCCAAUAUUAAGGAAAUGGGAGAUGGAGCCAGGAGAGCAGAAGACAGCACGACAAGAUGUAUUCGAAUUCGAUCAGCAUCCCGAGGACGCAGCAACGGUGUUGAAGUUCUUCCUUAAUAUCAUGCUAUACCAUCCAUUGACUCGAUCACAACAAGAACAAGAAGGACCUAUCAUCUAUCCCGGCCUCAGUGCAGCUGACGUUGAAAACAUCACCAACAAGGGCAAAGUGACAUGGACAUCUAGCAAAAUCAAUGAAGCUAAGCUAGGAAUCCUCAAGUUUAUCCUAUCAUAUAUUUUCACCGAUGAGGAGCGGUUAAGGAUAUUGAUUGCUGGUGCUUGUGAUGCGAAUCAUGAGGUGGUUUCCAUGUCUGAGGAUGGUAUCAAGCGCUGGACAAACAAUGUGGAUUUCGAAAGCACCAGCUGCAUUCAAUCUUUGUACACCAUGUACUUGGGAACAAAAGGCUCUGGUCCAAAAGACAGGCAAGCUCCUGCAUCUAUUCCAGUCAAGAUCCGCAUAUUGCAUUUCCUGUCAAAGUCGAUCCUCGCAACCAACAUGCCAACACAAAUGAUUCAAGUGAUCUUUGAUGGUAUCUAUGGCGAUUCAUCUACCACCAAAUUACGUCGAUCAACAAUGUCAUUUCUUCAAUGGACUGCUCGCAUGGGUGAUGCCAGCAAAUUGGAACGCAUUGCACCUAUCCUCGUCUCUGGUUUACUCAAAUACAUCAACGAAAAUGAAGAUGUCAGUGGCCAUGACGCCGAAAGCAUCAAGGGGUAUGCCUAUGUUGGAUGUGGACUUUUAUGCAAGAAAGUGCCCCAGGUUGCAUUGAAUGACCCAAAGAUUCUGGAACUCUUUUUCGAGAGGCUUGAGUAUGAGCACCCGAAUGUGCGUACAUAUGUUCAAGACGCCUUGGCAUCGAUGAUUGCGAUCUAUACGGAUUUGGAUGAAGGAGCAUCAACCUAUGCAGCUGUAAAGAACAUCAUCUUGGAGAGUGUACAAAAGACAAAUUCUGCAUCUCGUUAUAUGGCUCUCAAGUAUGCCAACGCUGUGUAUCCCUUCUCUUCCGUUUUUGCUCGAUACGUUUGCUUGCUUGGAAGUUCCUCCAGUGUGAAGAAGCUAGAGAUCAAGGAAGAAUCAGCACGAGGUCUCCAUCCUUUCCAGAGAACAGCAUCCGGUGCCUUCACAACCACCGCUGAUAUUGUGCCUGCUUCAGCACUCCCUGCAUUUGAAGAUUUGGUGACCUAUCUUGAUCAGCAUAAGCCAAGUGACCAAUACACCUAUGAUUCAAAGACACCCAUUGUACGAGGAUACCCGGUGGAAGUGUAUUCAGAAAUCAUACGUUUUGUUCGAAUGAUUCUUAUUUUGGAAGCCAAUCCUUCUACGAUAUUGAUCGAUCAGUAUGUGGAGAGCAAAGUGGAUAACAGUAUGGCGGAUGAUCCAGUGGUUAUGGACAACUUUAAGAGAUACAUCGAGAGCUGCUGGUCUGGAGCUGAUCCUAAGAAGAAAGAGGCACUUGAAUUAUGGUUGCGAUUCAUUGAAAACUCGUUGGACAAAGACCUCAAGGACUUGGUUCUUCUUACUACAGCUGCACAAUCCCUCUUGGAAAUCAUAUCGUUUGGGCCUGCAUCCAUAUCCACUUCUUUGAAGGAUCGAUUGGAGUUCUUCAAGUCUUUCACUCUCUCAGAGAAACAGGACGCACGUGAUGUCAUGUCCCACAUCUUUGGUAUUGUUGCAAGCGACCCAUCCAUUUCUACACAACAAGUUGAGACCAUCCUUGGUGAAUACUGUGAUUUAUUGGAUAAGCCUUUAUCGUCCCAUGGUGGUGGUAUCGACGUGGAUCGUGCCCACGGUGCCAUAUUAGCAAUGGGUUUCCUUCUUGGACGUUGUAUCUAUCGUAAACGACAACUGCAAGUUGAGCUUAUUCGACGUUGUAUCCAGUGCCUUGCAAAUCAAUUGGAAGGUGCUCCUGGUGUCACUUUUACACUACUCGCUAGUGCAGCAUGCCGAGCUCUCGCUGAAAUUGGACGUAUUGAGGCACUCCCAUUAUUGGAGAAUGAUAAGCGCAAACGCAAAGACGAGGAUGCGGCUGACAGCAUGGAAGUGGAUGGUGAAGGAAGCACGUUGACUUCUCGCAAGGUCAUUGAUCAGCUUUCCAAGAUUGUCAAAUCCAGUGGCAAGGACCCCAAAGUACAAGAACAAGCAAUCCUAGCUUUGGGUCAGCUAUCAAUUCCAUACAGUAGCAAGAGCGAUAAUGUUACCACCGUCGUUGAUACCUUGUUUGCAUCGGCUGAUACAAAGCAAAUCGAAUUGUUCUUUGCUGGUGGAGAGGCUUGGUCAAUGGUGGCAUUUGGUUGGAAAUCACAGGCCAUACAAAAGCACAAAGAUAUCAGCAACGUGGAGUUCCCUGAUCAAAGCGAUAUGCAAAAAGAAGAAGCCUUCCAGAGUGUGAUUGAAAAGAUUACCCGCACCUAUGUUACUAGCGAUCGAUCAUGGUACAGGAAAGCAUCUUGUAUUUGGUUGCUAUCAAUCUUGAAAUUUGGCAAGGAUGAGCAAUUGAUUCAGAAAAACCUUGGAUUGAUGCAUGCAUCGUUCUCGAGACUAAUUGGCGAUCGUGAUGAUUUCACACAAGAAGUGGCGUCAAAGGGUCUUGGAUUGGUGUACGAAUAUGGUGAUGCCAAGAUCAAGGAGGACAUGUUAUACUCGCUUGUGGGGACCUUUACGGAAGGCCGAACAAUCCAGGCACAAUCUGUCACCGACAACACAGUGCUCUUUGAAGAAGGCGACCUUGGAACAACACCUGAUGGUAGCUCUAUCACAACGUACAAGGAACUUUGCUCCCUUGCCUCUGAAUUGAAUCAGCCCGAUCUUAUCUACAAGUUCAUGAACCUUGCUAACCACAACGCUAUUUGGACUUCUCGUCGUGGUGCUGCCUUUGGUUUCCAAAACUUGAUGGCAAUGGCUGAAAAGGAGCUGGAGCCUUAUCUUCCACAAUUGGUGCCCAAGCUUUUCCGUUAUCAAUUUGAUCCAAACACCCAAGUGAACCAGACCAUGAAAGCUAUUUGGCAAUCUUUGGUGAAGGAUAACCAAAAGACGGUCGACAAGUAUUUCGACGAGAUCAUGGAAGAUGUUUUGGCAGGCCUUGGUAAUCGACAAUGGCGUGUGCGUGAGGCAUCCUGCGCAGCAGUAACAGAUCUUGUACAAGGAAGGCAAUUGGCACAAAUUGAGCCAUACUUGGAGCGCUUAUGGAAAAUGUGUUUCCGUGCAUUGGAUGAUAUCAAAGAAUCCGUACGACGGGCAGCAACUCAAUCAUGCAAAUCACUUACCAAGCUCACCGUUCAUUACUGUGAUCCCAAUGUGGUGUCUGCUGCUGAUGGUGCAAAGGUUAUCAAUAUCGUCAUGCCAUUCCUCAUUGAAAAGGGCAUUGUAUCCGAUGCUGAAGAUGUCCGCAAAUUUAGCUUGGAUGCUUUAUUGCGUAUAUGCAAGACUGGUGCUUCAUUGCUCAAAGGAUUUAUCCCUGAACUCGUGGAUGUUUUGUUACAAUCUUUGUCAUCAAUGGAGCCUCAAGCCAUGAACUACCUAACCUUCCAUGCCGAAAAGUAUAAUAUUACUCAAGAGCAGUUGGAUAGUGCUCGUUUGAGUGGCGCCAAGAACUCCCCAAUGAUGGAAGGCAUCGAGCAUUGUGUAAACCAAAUUGAUGACAACGUUAUGCAAGAGUUGAGUCCUCGAAUUAUCAACAUCAUCAAAAAAGGCACUGGUCUCCCAACAAAGGCUGGAUGUGCUCGCUUUAUUGUGACAUUGUGCAUGAACCGACGUGGCGUCUUUGAACCAUAUGCAGAUACGUUUUUGAAGGCUCUUAGUGGUGCAAUUCGAUCCAAGAAUCCAGUUAUCCGACGCUCUUUUGCUACUGCUACGGGUUACGUUUGUCAACUUGCAUCAUAUGAUCGAUUGUGUUCUUUGGUUCGACAUUUGAAAAAGCUCUACGUGGAAGAAGGCAGUGAUGAAGAUUCUCGUGCUGCAAGUGCUGUUACAGCGGUGGAUAUUACUCGAUUCGCCACAGACCGUAUGAACUCGAUUGCAUCCGAAGUCGUACCUCUUAUUUAUGUUGGAGAGCAUGAUCCCGACAAGGACCUCCAAAAACUUUGGAAAGAUGCUUGGGAAAAUCUGACAUCAGGUACAAGAAGUUUGGUGGUAUUACACACCGACGAGAUCAUUGACUUCGCUCAGCCCUUACUUUCCUCGCCAUCAUGGGGUACGAAGCAAACAGCGGCAUUGGCUAUCGCGGAUUUAUGUAAAACGGGUGGAAAGAAUGUUGCACAACACGCCAGCAAAUUGAUGCCAGUGAUGGUAUCAACCCUCGCUACUCGUUCUUGGGCAGGCAAAGAGCAUGUUUUGGAAGCAUUCGUCCAAUUGUGUAUAUCGGCGCAAGGUUAUUUUGAAGUCACUGGAAAUGAACCAACACUCCCGGAUGUUGUCAAGAUCAUGGUGCGAGAAGCCAAGCGCCGUAAUCGUGUUUAUCAGCGUCAUGCAUUGGUUUCUUUGUGUACAUUCUCCGAAGUGUUUGGUGACAAGGUCGACGUAUUCACUCCAUCACAAGAGUUUUUGACCGAGUUGUGUGAGAUGGAUGAAGCUGAAGCUAUGGAAGAGGAUGACAAUGAUAAUUCCAAGCCAUUAUUGCUUAUGAUCAAAGCGAAUGCAUUCAAGGCACUUGUAUCAACUUUCCGCCCACGCGCCUUUGCAAAACAACGUGAGGAGACGAUGGCUUUAUCUCAAGUCUUGACCAAGAGCUUGGAGGGCAAUGUGUGGAAUGUACAGCAGGCUAUUUUUGAAGCACUCAAGUCGUUUAUUGAACAAUGUGAUCCUCAAGAUCUGAAUGAUGCGGUGCUACAUAAUGUCACGGAUGCAUGUAUCGCCCAUGGUGUGAAUAAUCUGAAAUAUUCAGCUAUCCGAUCCGCAACCCUCGACGUUCUGGAGACCAUAGUGGCUAGUGCCAAUCUCUCGAUCCAAUUCAAAGCCGAUUUACAGCAACAGUGCAAUAGAAGUCUUGAGAAAGAGCCUCUCGCCGCAUUGAAGGAGCGUUUACAGCAGCUUAUUAGACAAUUAAAAUGA